AUCAAAAUCUUUUCAAAGUCUGAGACUGUGUAAAAUAAUCUCAAAAAAAAUCCAGAAAUUUUAAUAUCAUCUCUAUAUUUGAACGUAAAAAAACCCAAAAUCUCUUGUAAAACUCAUGUAAUAAUCCCCUUGUUUCUUUCAUUUUUUGGUUGAUUCUUCAUUUUUCUGCAAGUUCUUGAAUCUUUACUAUCUUGUUCACUUCAAACACCCGAUUUCCAGAAAUAUUCCUACAUUUUGCUUGAUUUCGUUUCUAAUUUUCUUCCUCUGCUUUUACUGCUUCUAACAAUGGAAGCUGAAAACCGUAGAGUUACAGUUAUCCGAGAAUUUCCAGAAAUUUUCGCGCCGGUUAGACAAUCCUCUUCUAAGGGGUUCUCUGCAAACGAAGUUAAGAAGCGUAGGUUUACAGUUAUCCGAGAUUUCCCGGAAAAUUGUGGGCCAUUGAAAUCAUCUUCUUCAAAUGGGGUUUCUGGAAUGCACCAUUCUACUCCUGGGUUUGAUCCAACCCCCCUAAAAAUUACGAAGGUUCACUCGAGAAAUCUUGUAGAAACUUCCGCGAAUCGAAAUAUACGAGUAAAUCCCUUGAUUGUGAAGAAACCCCAGAAGCUCAAGGGCAAAGUUCAAGAAAUGAAGUAUUCUGGGCAGACAAUAUCACGAGAGAGGGCAAAAGUGACUGAGAUUAUAACGUUAUUUCGUGAUAAAUGCAAAGAAAUCUCAAGAAGUGGGAGGGGAAUCAGAAGGGUCGAUACAACAGCUUUAUCAGAACUGAAAAAAGAGGGAAAAAUCUGGAAUCAAUCCCCAUCCAUGUUAGGUUCAGUUCCUGGGGUAAACGUAGGUGAUAAAUUCCAUUACAGGAUAGAACUUCAUUUAGUAGGAUUACACAAGCAUUUUGAAAGAGGAAUUGAUACAAUGGAGUAUGGUGGAACAAGGAUUGCUACUUGUAUUGUUGCAAGUGAAAGACACUUAGACAAGAUGAAUGAUCCAAACACUUUGGUUUACAUUGGAGAAGGAGGUGUACUUAGGCGGCAUGAAAUUGGGGUUCCUCCUGAUCAAGAGCUCAAGGGUGGGAAUCGAGCAUUAUGGAUGAAUAUGAAUGAGGAAAAAGCUGUUAGAGUUGUUAGGGGACUUGCAUUGAAUUCUGGGCAGAAGAUUUUGUAUGUGUAUGAUGGGUUGUAUGAGGUGAAAGGCUGUAAACAGAAGAAAGGAGUAAUGGGGAAUAUGAUCUUUGAGUUUCAGAUGGUAAGGUGCACUGGACAGCCUCAAGUUCCAUGGGAGAAGUGUAGAAGGUAUCAGUUUUGAGGUUUGUUUCCUUUUACUUUAUGAUUUGGUUGGUUAUGGUAGUGGUUUGAUUUAGAUUUUAGCUACUGGUAUGGAUUAGAUUGUAUAUGAAUGUAGACCAUAGAGUAAAAAUGCGGUAGGGUCGUGAUUUUGGUAAUGAAAUGUAAUGCCGUAACGAAAUUGCAACGUCUAAUAUCAGUUGAAUUAUAAGAUAUCUCUUGAAACCGUUCAAAACACGAUUUAUUACGCUUUAUAAUCAUGGACAUUUCGAUUUGCUUGUUUUGAAAACC